GUCUUUGUAAACUUUGUCUCUCUGGACGUGCAUUCGUUCAAGUUUUCAAAUCAGCAAGCAUGUUCCUCCAGCUUCAAGGACUUCUCUCAUCACACUUGAAGGCUUUGACUCUGAUGCGCACAUGGCAGCCUGCGACACUAAGCAGCCUGAGCAGGAUGAUCUGUUCAACAGCAGCCGAAGCUGGCACGACUGGGCAGGGCUCGGUCAGCACUGCAGCAUCAGACGCAGUGCUUAGCUCGAGCAGGCCGCAGCACACGAGGGCCUUCACAACCUCAGCUUCUUUUAAAGAGGAAAUGCGGAACACUGGUAGUGCAGCGGCUGAAAGCUCAACGUCUGAAGCCACUGCAUCCAGCACAGCUUCUGCAGCUGGGGUUGCGGCAUCACAGAGACUGGCUCCCAGGGGUCUUGCAGCGGCGCCUCCCAUCACAAAAGUACUGGGCUUUGCAGGUGCAAUCCCCUUCCUGGCGCUGUCGCCGCCCAUAGCCCAAGCGCUGCCGAUGCUGCCGGCGGAGUUGGUAGCCAAUGCUGCGCUGCUGCAGAUCGGCUAUGGGGCCACCAUCGCAUCCUUCCUGGGAGGCAUCCACUGGGCCAUGGCCAUGGCAGAGUAUGGUGGGCGGGGCCUGAGCGCGGUGGUGCAGGCGGAGCGCUACCUGUGGAGCGUGACUCCCUGCCUCAUGGCCUGGCCGGCUGUCAUGCUCGCGCCCGGGCCGGGGUCUCUAAUCGUGGGGACAACCCUGGGGGUCGUCUAUGCGGUAGACCGCCACUUUGCGGCCAAGGCGCUGCUGCCAGCCUGGUACAUGUCGCUGCGGCUGCCGCUUACACUGGCGGCCGUCACCGGCAUGGGCUGCACUCUCGCCGCCUCACUCCUCUACGGCGACCGGCCGCGGCCCCGGCAGCCCCACGCCUGA